GUAAUGAAAUGUCUGCAAGCAAACAGUCAAGCUCGGAGAGCAUCAAGGACUCCACAACUAGGCGACAGUUCAAAUGCCUGCGUGCUUUAAAAUAACUAAAUCAAAUGUAAACAUUCUCAGCACUGAUCCCAGGGAGUAGUCAGCAGAUCUCAAAUGGGCAAAACAGCAGUAAUUAGUGAAUUAAAAGAACAAGCAUCUGUGGGAUCGUUUUGUAGAUUUCAAAAUGGAAAGAGAAUGGUUUGGGUCCCCCCCCCCCUUUGUUGGUUUAAAACCAACUUGGUCUCAGAUGUAAAAAUUACAAUACAGGAGAGGGGAUUUGCAAGAAUUUUGUUUCAAAUAUAAUUUGUUGUUUUGUUUAGUUUUUCCUGAUAAUUGGAAAUGCUUCUUAACAAGAUAAAUGAGCAAGUUUAAAAAUCAGACAUUUACAAUAUUCCUUCUCUUUCAGGAAAAAAUUGAAGUGGGAACCCCCAGUUUAUAACUAUGUCUGGGAUUGGGAACAAGCGAGUGGCUGCAGAGACUAGUCCAUCAGCUCCUCCGGAGAAAAAGGCAGGAGUUGAGGACUCAGAGACCACUGUGGAGACUAUUAAGCUUGGUGGCGUUUCCUCAACGGAAGAACUGGACAUUCGUACACUCCAGACUAAGAACCGAAAGCUGGCAGAGAUGUUGGACCAACGACAAGCUAUUGAAGAUGAGUUGCGAGAGCAUAUAGAGAAGCUGGAAAGGCGUCAGGCCACAGAUGAUGCUUCGCUGCUGAUCAUCAACCGCUACUGGAGUCAGUUUGAUGAGAACAUUCGCAUCAUUUUGAAGCGCUAUGACUUGGAUCAAGGCCUUGGGGAUCUCCUCUCAGAGCGAAAAGCGCUGGUAGUACCAGAACCAGAACCAGAUUCGGACAGCAACCAAGAGCGGAAAGAUGAGAGGGAGCGAGGAGAAAUAUUUGAGCCUGCAUUCUCCUUUCUGGCUAUUCUGGCUAGCAGCACCAGUGAAGAAAUGGAAUCCCAACUGCAGGAACGUUUUGAGGCUUCCCGCCGUGCAGUCACACAGAUUGUGACGAUGUAUGAUAAACUGCAGGAGAGAGUGGAUGUGCUGUCCCAGAAGCUGAACAGCGGAGAUGUAUCUCUGAUGGAAGAGGCUGUCCAAGAGCUGAAUUCCUACCUAGCAAAUGAGAACAGGAGGCUACAGGAAUUGGCUGAUCUGCUUCAGGAGAAACACCGCUCUAUGUCUCAGGAGUUUUCCAAAUUACAAGGGAAAGUAGAGACUGCAGAGUCUCGUGUAUCCGUGCUGGAGACUACAAUUGAUGACUUGCAGUGGGAUACAGACAAAAUCCGCAAGCGAGAACAGCGGCUGAACAGACACCUGGCAGACGUUCUAGAAAGAGUAAACUCAAAAGGAUACAAGGUAUAUGGAGCAGGCAGUAGUCUCUAUGGAGGUACAAUCACAAUCAACUCUCGAAAGUUUGAGGAGAUGAAUGCGGAACUUGAGGAAAACAAGGAGCUUGCCCAAAACCGCUUGAGUGAACUGGAGAAAUUGCGCCAGGAUCUUGAGGAAGUGACAACUCAGAAUGAUAAGCUAAAGGUGGAUCUAAGGCGGGCAGUGGAAGAGGUAGUGAAGGAAACUCCAGAAUACCGUUGCAUGCAGUCCCAAUUUUCUGUGUUAUAUAAUGAAAGCCUCCAGUUAAAAUCACAGCUGGAUGAAGCCCGCACUCUGCUGCAUGGUACCCGAAGUACUCAUCAACGCCAGGUGGAACUCAUUGAGCGGGAUGAAGUCAGCUUGCACAAGAAAUUACGAACAGAGGUUAUUCAGCUGGAAGACACUCUUGCUCAGGUUCGCAAGGAAUACGAGAUGUUGCGGAUUGAAUUUGAACAGACUCUUGCAGCUAAUGAACAAGCAGGCCCCAUCAAUCGAGAGAUGCGCCACCUCAUCAGCAGUCUCCAAAACCACAAUCACCAGCUAAAAGGGGAGGUGUUGAGAUAUAAGCGGAAGCUGAGGGAGGCUCAGUCUGACUUGAGCAAGACUCGUUCCCGCAGUGGCAGUGCUGUCCUGCACUCCCAAUCCAGUACUGAGGACACCAAAGAGGAACCACCAGAGAUCAAACAGGAAGCUGAGGAUCCUUCUCAUGCUGCAACCUCCAAGGGACCCUCUGAGGAUGCCUUGGAAACUAAAGCAAAACGAGAUGAAGAAGAACGGGAGCGGGAAAGACGAGAAAAGGAGCGGGAACGGGAGAAAGAAAAGGAAAAAGAAAAAGAAAGGGAAAGGGAAAAGGAGAAAGAAAGGGAAAGGGAGAAGCAGAAACAAAAGGAGUCAGAGAAGGAGAGGGAAUCUGCCAAAGAGAAGGACAAAGGGAAACAUGAUGAUGGAAGGAAGAGAGAAGCUGAGUUGGUCAAGCAAUUGAAAGCUGAUCUUAAGAAGGCACAAGAGAGCCAGAAAGAAAUGAAGUUGUUGUUAGAUAUGUACCGCUCUGCUCCCAAAGAGCAGAGAGACAAAGUUCAACUGAUGGCUGCUGAGAAGAAGGCUAAAGCUGAGUUGGAAGAGCUAAGGCAAAGAGUGAAGGAAUUGGAAGAUAAGGAGAAAAAAGAGAGCAAAAAGAUGGCUGACGAAGAUGCUCUUCGAAAAAUCCGGGCUGUGGAAGAACAGAUAGAAUACUUACAGAAGAAACUAGCCAUGGCAAAACAGGAGGAAGAAGCCCUGUUAUCUGAAAUGGAUGUGACGGGCCAAGCCUUUGAAGACAUGCAAGAGCAGAACAUCCGCCUGAUGCAACAGCUGAGGGAAAAGGAUGAUGCCAACUUCAAGCUCAUGUCAGAACGCAUCAAAUCCAACCAGAUCCAUAAGCUGUUAAAAGAAGAAAAGGAGGAGCUGGCAGAUCAGGUUCUUACCCUGAAGACACAGGUGGAUGCCCAAUUGCAGGUUGUACGUAAGCUGGAGGAGAAAGAGCAUCUGCUACAAAGCAACAUUGGCACUGGAGAAAAAGAGCUGGGCCUACGAACACAGGCCCUGGAGAUGAACAAGCGGAAAGCUAUGGAUGCUGCUCAGCUAGCUGAUGACCUUCGGGCCCAGCUGGAGCUGGCUCAGAAGAAAUUGCAUGACUUCCAAGAUGAGAUUGUGGAAAAUAGUGUAACAAAGGAGAAGGACAUGUUCAACUUCAAACGAGCCCAGGAAGACAUUUCACGGCUACGAAGAAAACUGGAGACAACCAAGAAACCAGACAUGGUUCCCAAUUGUGAUGAGAUCCUCAUGGAGGAGAUCAAAGACUAUAAGGCUCGCCUGACCUGCCCCUGCUGCAACAUGCGGAAGAAGGAUGCCGUGCUCACCAAAUGCUUCCACGUUUUCUGCUUCGAGUGUGUGAAAACUCGCUAUGACACUCGGCAGCGCAAAUGUCCCAAAUGCAAUGCUGCAUUUGGAGCCAAUGACUUCCAUCGGAUCUACAUUGGUUGAGUCCGGAUGUAUAAGGCCAGAGGGCCUCUUCUCUCCACCCCCAUACUUGCCAUUCCUCAGCAGGCUGGAUACUGCUCCUCAUUGCCAGCUAGCUUUUCCUAUAUUUUGACUUCUUUGUAAAGGAACAUCCUGGGUUAUUCUUUUUGUGUAUGUGUUCUUUUGUUUUUCUCCUGACUUUUUUUUAAAGUACUGCCAAUCCCCAAGCCAGUUCUCACUUGUUGUUUUCUUAAAUACACUUCUUGUGGGGCAAGGACAAUCAGUUGAUGCCUGACUCAUCAGUGGUUGAUAUCACUUGGCUUGGAGCUAAACCAGGCAGCAACAUUUAAACUGGGAAAUUGACUUGGGAUAGCUCAGUGGGCUUUCUCGUGAAUUUUAAGCUAAUUGUUCCUCUGUUUUGAAUAAAAGAGGAAACCUUUCUGGUUACUGCAUUUCCCAAUUUAAUGUCUGUCUCUGCUUGCACGUGUGGACUGUGGUAGUCUGCAGAAGGGAUUCAUGUUUCUGAAGAAGGACAGCAGUGCAUCAACCCUAUUUCAAACUGAACUGUAACUCAGGUUUUCUGAAUGGGGGGGGAAUUGCCAACAAACUACAUCUUGGAAGUUGAGGCACUGAGAAAAUGGUGGCCUUCACUGUAUUUCAUCUGUUCAUUGUAUGUAAUCUGUUCUGAUAAUGCAGGAACACAUACUUGGUCUUAUCCAUACCUUUGGCUCUGAUUACAGCAUGAUGCAGUUUUGAGAAAAGGCCACUUUUUGACAUAUUGCCUGGAGAUUUUUUAAACUAUAGGCUCAAGCACAAGUGGGACCUGUUGGCAGUAUGUGGCCAUUGCUUUCGUGCAGCCAAUCUACUGCACAACUGGGAGCUGGAUCACACUCAAAUGUACUAGGUCUGAUUCGCUUUGAAAGUUUUCUGUGCAGUGAAGGAGGCAAUUCUGGACCAGAACUAGGUUCUAGAGACCGCUGUUUCAUGGAGGCCACCUCCUUUUGGCUGGCCAGAGAAUUGGCAAACAGUGGCACAGGCUUUAGUGGAUGCUUCUGUUCUCUCUUCCAGAAACAAUUUUGCUAUGAAAAUGAGAUUCAAAGGGCAUUGUCUUCAAUAAAUCGCCAUGGUUCUCUCUU